AUGGCUCCCCAGCCCGUCGAGGCACCCCUCUCCCAGUCGGCGACCUUCCUCGUCCUGGCCGCCACCGACCAGCCCGACGCGGCAAAGACCAUCCGCUCCGUCCUCGCCAGCGUCGCCGACCUGACAAAGAACAUCUCCAUCCGCGACCGCGCCGCCUCGCUCUCCUGCACGGUCGGCAUCGGCAGCAGCCUCUGGGACAAGGUCGUCCCGCCAGGCCGGCCGCGCCCGGCGGAGCUGCACCCCUUCCCCGAGGUGCGGGGCGCCCGGCACACGGCGCCGUCGACGCCGGGGGACCUGCUCUUCCACAUCCGGUCCGAGCGGCGCGACAUGGCCUUUGAGUUCGAGCGGCAGCUGAUGGACCGCCUCGGCGGCGCCGUGCGCGUCGAGGACGAGACGGUCGGGUUCCGCUACUUUGACGUGCGCGACGUCCUGGGCUUCGUCGACGGCACGGCCAACCCCGUCGGCGCCCAGGACGUCGCGGACGCGGUGCUGCUCACGGCGCGGGACGACCCCGCGGGGGAGGGCGGCAGCUACGUCGUCGUGCAAAAGUACCUGCACGACCUGGCGGCCUGGGGCCGGCUCAAGACCGAGGACCAGGAGGCCAUCAUCGGGCGGACCAAGCUGGACAACGUCGAGCUCGACGACGCCGAGGGCCCGGAGCAGAAGUCGCACAAGACGCUCGCGACGAUCGAGGGCGAGGACGGCAGCGAGCACGACAUCCUGCGGGACAACAUGCCCUUCGGGUCGCCGGCGCAGGGCGAGUUCGGCACCUACUUCAUCGGCUACUCGAAGAAGUUGUGGGUGACGGAGAAGAUGAUGGAGCGGAUGUUUAUAGGGGAUCCGCCUGGGAAGCAUGAUCGGAUUCUAGACUACUCUAGUCCUGUCACUGGCUCGACGUUCUUUGUGCCGUCGUUGAGUCUGUUAGAGAGCUUGGACGACGAUUAA